AGUAAGUGGCGUAGUGACGCCAUCACGACGGGCGGUGACGCCUGCGCAGUAGCGAGGCUUCUGGGCGCUGCGUGGGUGGCCGCGGAGGUUUCGCCGGUCUGGCGUCUUUUCCUGGCCUUUCUAUCGCUGGGCCGGUGCUUUUGACCGGCUUGGCAUUGGGCGGGCGGCUUCUCGGGACCCAGAUGAGUCAAUGGCACUAUGCUCGCGGGGGCCGGGGCCGGGGUCGCGACUUUUCUGGGUGCUCCUCAACCAAGAGGAAGGGCGGAAACCACAUCCCGGAAAGGUGGAAAGACUACCUCCCUAUUGGACAGCGGAUGCCUGGGACUCGUUUCAUUGCUUUCAAAGUUCCUUUGCAAAAGAGUUUUGAAAAGAAUCUUUCUCCAGAAGAAUGCUUUUCCCCUUUGGAUCUUUUUAACAAAAUCCGAGAACAAAAGGAAGAACUUGGACUGAUUAUUGAUUUAACAUAUACUCAACGCUAUUAUAAACCAGAGGAUUUGCCAGAAACUAUUCCUUACUUAAAAAUUUUUACAGUUGGGCAUCAGGUGCCUGAUGAUGACACUAUUUUAAAAUUCAAAUGCGCUGUAAAUGGGUUUUUGAAAGAAAAUAAAGAUAACGACAAACUUAUUGGCGUCCACUGUACCCAUGGUUUAAACAGGACUGGCUACCUUAUCUGCAGAUAUUUGAUUGAUGUAGAAGGCAUGAGGCCAGAUGAUGCAAUUGAAUUAUUCAAUAGGUGCCGGGGACAUUGCUUAGAAAGACAAAACUACAUUGAAGACCUUCAUAAUGGCCCUAUCAGAAAGAAUCGGAAUUCCACUGUAUCCAGGUCAAGUCAUUUUGAAGACUCAGCACAUCUCAUGGAGCCAGUCCACACCAUGAACAUGUCUGUUAAACAAGGCUCUAGGUAUAACCUACAUCGGAUCCGGGGUUACCCAACUCCUUCUCAGCAUUUCCACACCCAGACCUCAAAUUUGCAACAGUCAGUCAGAAAAUUUUCACAGAAUCAGAAUGUUUACCAGAGAAGCUGUAUUCCUCCUCCUGGUCCCCCUAGAGAGGACUAUUCACACAGGAGAUACUCUUGGAAUGUGAAGCCAAAUGGCAGUCAAGCAGCCCAGAAUAAAAGGUGGUAUUCUGACAAUUACUGCAGACUAUCCUAUCCAACCUGUUGGGGAUGGACCAAAUGAUACAAACCUGUUCUGGAAAUCUUCCUGGAGACCGGAGCUGUACUGAAUAUCACUGAAGUGACUUUUAAUUAGAUCACGUCAAAUGAGGUUUUUGAUCUGUUUUUUUGUUCCCUGAUGUUCGAGCUUAAGGAAAAAUUAUGUUGCUAUUUACCUCUUUGCUGAUAAAUUUGCAGUAAUUACAGCAGUGCAGGAAAAAUCUGGCAUUCUAGUCUUAAAGUUUUCUAAAGAAAGAUGAUAUUUUAGAAUGGAUACAGUAUUAAGUGCUCCACUGCAGAUUAGUUUUUAAAAUUCUCUCCUGUUUUUCUAUGUAUUCCUUUCUAAGUAGACUUGUGAUAUGCAUGUGUGUACAUACAGAAAUUUUUAAUGCUGUUGUCAUGUUCUAUUGUUGACCCAGUCAUUAAGGGUAUUUUUAUUUUCCAUAACUCUUCAAAAUUUCUAUUAAAGUUUAUCUAGGAGAUGAUUCUUUAAAAC